AGUCACCCCUACCUUGCUUACCUGCCUUGCCUGCCUAGCUAGGGAAAAGGUGAUCAGGGUCGAUUCAAGAAAAAGUCAAACGUCUUGAAGAAUAUUUAGUUUUCUCAUCCAUUUUAGCAAAGAAAUGACUCGGUUUCGCCUUAUUUUGGACAAUUUUGUCAACGUCAAAACUUAAGCCGAAGGCACUACCCUGAAAUAACCUUUGACAUUUUUCAUCAAGCCUUGCAGGUACGGUACAGAAAGGAAUUUGGCCCAUCGAUGACAACCGUCCCUUCUGUCCUCUUCCACCCCACACCUCUGUACCUUUUUGAUUGAGCUUAUAGGGCCAGACCCUGGCCCUGAGCUUCUAUUCUUUUUUUUUUUUUUUUUUUUUUUUUCCCUUUGGUUGAUUGGGAAUGCAUUCUCGGUAAGGGUGUGCCGCCGCUCUGCCACAUUGAAGCCUUGGCAAGCUUACAGUGGAUUGGUUGUCUACGGCCUCCCUCCCGUGUGUUCUUCCAUGACCCCUAGGUGAUCUCCGCCACUGACAGCUUGUAUACCCGUCUUACUUUAUUUUUUUUCCUUCUUGCCCUUUUUUCCCCAAUCCAUCUUCCACACUCUUUUCCUUUCUAGGUUCCUAGCGUUUCUCUUAUUAGCAGACCUUUGCCCAUUUUCAUCCAAAAAGGUACCUACCUAAUCUACCCCGGUGAGAGGCAGUCAUCAGCAAUCCUAUCACCGCAGCAAAGUCAUGGGACAGUACGCCGCUCCUUCUUGGGUCAAUCGGGCCGCCCGCGACUACUUUGGUGGCGGCGGCCGGCAUCUGCUCCUUCUCUUGAUUCCUGUGACGCUUUUCUUUUUUGGCGUCAACUUCCUCCCCAAGUACACAUACAACGACCCUACGUCGGCCUUCUUCAGCCCCAUACACGCCUACGGCCGCAAGUAUAGCAAUGUCCGCCUGGCGGAGAGCAAGGAGUUUAUCAAGAGCUACAAUGCGACCGGCGCGCCCGAUUUCCGUCGCGAGUUCCCCGUCACCCCGGCCAACCCCCCGCCCUUUCUGUGCGCCACCGCCACAACCGUGGUCCGUCCCAGCGGCGCCAUCUACUUCCCCGAGACCAUUGGCAGCCUGCUGAGUGGCUUGAGCCAAAAGGAGCGCGACCAGAUCUACCUGAUGCCGCUCUUUGGACACACCAACCAGUCGGAGCAUCCCGUCUUUGGCCAGCCGUGGGUGGGCAGGGUCACGGACCGGAUUCUGUCGUACGCCGACUCGGAGAUGGACAGCAAGGACAGGGCGCACGUCGCCGAGCUGGAGGCCGAGUACAAGAAGACCGGCAUCCCGGACAGGGAGAAGAUGAUGUUCGACUACAGCUACGCCAUCAAGGCGUGCGCCGCGACCAAGGCCCCGUAUAUCCUGUACUUUGAGGACGACGUCGCCUUUGCGGAUGGCUGGUUUCACAGGACCAAGAGGGCGCUUUUUGAGGCCGAGCAAAAGACCAAAAACGACAAGCGAGGCUUCUUCUACCUUCGACUCUUUUACAUCUCCAAGAAGGAAUGGCCCGAACAGUUCAAACUCAGCUACUUCCGGACCUCGGCGGUUCUCCUCGUCAUCUUUCUCCUCAUCUGGCGCUUCAGCAGGCCGACGUUUGCGCAGUCGCUGCGACAAAGGAGCGCCAACAAGGGCGGCCUGAUUGCCGCCACGGUCCUGACCACCUACGUGGUGUACACGUGGCUCUACUUCAGCGCGGGCGUCGAGCUCGCCCACGGGCCCGAGAGGGGCGUCUUCCCGAUGAACUCGUGCUGCGCGCAGGCGACCAUCUUCCCCAACAAGAUGGUGGAGCCGCUGACCGACUGGUACCGCGAGAGGAGGAUCGGGUUCGUCGACGAGCUGGCCGAGAAGGUGGCCAACGAGAAGCCCGACGUGUUCGGCCCCAGGUUCUACGUCAAGCCGGCCCUGGUCCAGCACGUGGGCAGCAAGUCGUCAAAGGGCGACAACUGGGGCAGCGACAAGCCCGGCCAGAUGGCCGAGGCCGAGAGGGUUUGGAACUUUGGCUUCGAAGCCUGGAGCCAAAAGAGGCUGGCGGAGGAUCACAAGAACGCCGUCGCGGCGAGUGCGGGCCUGCAGAGGCGCGGCGCGGUAAUUGGUCGAGUGGCGUGAGGUUUUGGGAUGCGAAAGCGUGGUUGCCGCUGCCCUCCGCCGCCGCACGAGUCCGGGACACACAAUCGGCGGUUGAGUCGCCACUUUGCGACUCUUGUCGGAAGCCUUGACAAUACAGGCUGACAGGGGCCAUACAUGUCACUGGCAUGUUGCCUCGACUCUCGAAACGGGCCAGACCCUUUAGUCCAGGUUGAAGGUCUUGAUAAAGAACUUGGACGACUGGGUAAAGCAGGCGGGCGGGUUUAAAAACAGGCUUUCCAGUUGCCGUUGUGAGAAGACAUUGUGAUGUGGCCGAGACCGAGCCCUAGCAUAUACACAAGGGCAGUUGCGUCCGCUGACAUUACCAUGGGGUGAUUGGAUACACACCAGGAACAUACCAGCUAUGAUGAGACAUUUUCACCAUGUAUUUAUUUAUACAAUAUAUUAAUAGAAUUUGAUACCACAAAUCAGGUAACAACUGAUCUUCGG